UGGGCUAAAAAGAAUUUGGAUUCACCAACGGAGUUCGUCACAUCUGCUUUAAAGAAUAGCAUGAAUAAUCAGUGGGAUAAAAUUGCUGACGCCUGUGGUAAAACGAUCGAAAAUUCACUUUCUGAAGAUCCUUCUAAAGCACAUUUUUUGCAAAUGAUUACUUCAUUCAAAAAGAUGAUUUCUGAUAUAUUAUCUCAUACUGAUGAUAGUGCGAUAAAUGAAUGCAUUAGUCAUCUUGCAAAGAAUAUGCUUUUCACAGUAGCCUCUGAUUACAACAAAGUGGGUUCUGGUUCAUUUUCCUCUUCCAUUGAGCAUUUUUCAAAUGCUUUUUCCCACCUGAUUGAAAAGAGUCAUUAUAUAUUGAACAUAUCAAAAGAGAUUUUCGCUGGUUUUGCCAUCGUUUUUGUCAGCGCUGCAUUCAGGUGGUUUUUAUUCGACCUUAUGUUUCAGGCAAUGUACGAAAAUUUAAUUCCCUCAUUUUCAAAGAUUUAUAAGAUAUUUGAAGAGAAAAGCUCAAUCAGUAACAGCGAAAUUUUCGAUUUUAUAAGGCUGGCAGGACAGAUGGUAUUGUGGAUCGAAAAUGAUCGUUCAAUGUUGAAAAUGCUUCUUGAUGCUUAUUUAAAUGAAGAAAAACAGAUUCCAGCAAUACAGUUUUCCACAUUUUUGAAAAAUGAGAUCGCUAAUUUUGAUAAAAAAAUUUCGAAUAGAGCCGAAGGAGAUAUCACUAUUGCUAAAGCUCGUUCUGACUUACGCAGUAUAACGAGGCGCAUUGUUAAUCGUUCUGUAGACCUUCUUACGCGGCCUUUGGUUACCAAUAUAAUAAAUGGAUCAAAAAGUUUGAAAGCAAAAUUCCUAAAUAACAAAAUGGAAGCGAAUUUAUUCGAAGGUGAGCUACCGUCUUUUGGUACCACUCCAGAUGAAUUUGUCACAGCUGCCGGUGUUUCUCUUUUAUCAAUAGCGCAUCAGUUGUCCAUUUAUUCGCAAGAUGUCAAUAUGGCAACUGCUUUAGCUAUAGCAUCAAAAACAGAAACCAUUGAUGACAUUGGAGCUUGGUGGAUUGAGAGAUGUUCAAAUGUUAUUCAAGAAUGUUUUAUUGAUUCCGUUGGUCCUUUAGAAAAUCUUUCGACUUAUAUUGGUCGACAAUUUGGUAUCAAUUAUGGUUAG